AACGAGAAGAGAGCAGCCCUGCUCUUGAGGCACAUGGCUCCGAUGAAGGACCUCCAUCCAAAAGGCAGCGUGGUUUCAUCGCGAGACAGUCUCUCGGACUUCAGUGCAAAUUUACCCAGCGAAAAGCAACGCGUCGUUGAAUCGCCCUCUGCAACGACAAGCGAUCCUAAGCCAGCAAUAUCCUUCAGUGCGCAUCAAGUUCUCUUCUGGCCCGCUAUACAAGCUGCACUUCCUGAAUCCGUGAAAUUGAUGUGUCAGAUGAACGGCGCAGUGUAUUCGACGCGCAUAGAAGCUGCGAGGCCGAAACUACCUCAUGCGACGUCAGUGGACAUGUCUUCUGACUGGCUCUCAAAAUUAAGUAUCGCGACGCUAAAGGAGUUGUCUGAUGUUUAUUUCGCAACGUUCAAUCUUGCGACGCCUAUCUUGGACCAGAAGACCUAUUUCCAGCGCACGCUGGGUGUAGCCAUUGAUGGAAACUUUGGUAUCUGUAUCGAAACCUGUAUCGUCCUUGUGGUUAUGGCGCUGGGACUGAUGGGACAAAGGGCUAUGCGUGAAGCAGGUUUUGUACCCACGCCUGCGUCCAGCCCCUACCCUGAUUUUGGCACUGGACAGGACGAAGAAAUACCCGGACUGGACUUUUUCAAUGAAGCGAGAAAGAGGUUUGGCUUUUUGAUGUGUGAACAGGACCUACAGGCGUGUCAGUUCUAUCUUUUGUCAGGUGGACUGGUGGGCAAUGUUGACCAAGGCGAGUGCAUGCAGUGCAUACUUUUGGAACAAUAAGUCCAUGGUAUAAGAUAUAGAGGUCAUAUGCUUACAAAGUUAGAUCCAACGGCCGAUUAUCCGCCCGAACCUGUCGAGGAUGAACUCAUUCGUCAGUUGGAACAGUGGAGAGAAAGAUUGCCGCCUAUGCUACAGUUCGACCCAAAGUCACCUUUGACGCUUGCUGAGUCUCCUUCUGAUGCACUUAUAUGUAUACACGCUAACUUGAUAAGACAUCGCGCUUUAGAAAGACCAUCUUCCCUGACCGAAGGCCAUCUUCGAAAAUGUCGCGAUGCCAUAA